AUGUCUAUCCCAAACGAAGCUUUACAAAAGCUUGUCAACGAAAUCCAAUCUCAAGCUAUUCAAGCCGAGCAACAGAUCAGUGUCGUCAAAUCUCAAAUCUCCGUCAAACAACGCGAGAUUCGAUUACUUGAACUCACAUCCACCGAAGUAUCCACGUUACCGCCCAAUACCAAUGUUUAUGAAGGAGUUGCCGAUGUGGACAAGAGAUUACACAGCGAGACGAAAGAUCUGAAAUUAGAUAUUGAGAACUUGGGCAAGAAGUUACUAUAUUUAGAGACUACAUAUGAGAAAAGUAACGACAAUAUUGCGAGGAUUCUUCAGAGUGGUGGCCGUGCUUGA